AAUGGCAAACAAGAUCGUGUGAGGCACAUGCUAUUCGUACGUACUGUUGGAGGUAAACUUUCUGGAUGGACUCGAAACAAUACAACACCAGUUUUACGCAGCGCGUUAAACACCAUAGCUCUUCGGUUAUCUCCAUGCUGGAUCUCUGGAGUUUCCAGACCUUUGGCUUGCUCAUUUUCACUGAAUUUUUGUUCAGCUGCACAGUAUCCGUUCCUCGGUAGUUCAGCUAAUUUGAAUCUGCAAAAACUAGUUGCUGGAAAUAGCAGUUAUGUUGAUGUUGAAUUCAUCGAUCCUGUGAUUAUGGCCGUUGGAAGAGGGAAGCUCCCACUGCCGAUGACGCACCAGAUCUCUCCCGACUACAACUUCAACAUGUUGGCUAUGGACCAGAGGCUUUAG